UAUUGACGGAUUUUCCUCUCUUAGCUGGGUUUUCCGCUCAUGAAAAGCUUAAUUUGAUCUUCUGCAUGGAAUAUAAUUCAUGAAUAAUUGGAUCGGUGCAUAUCUAGUUUGAUUCUUUUUUGUUUGAAUUCAUUUAGAUCUCCUAAAUUUCCACAAAACCAGAGAAAAUGGCUGUUACACAGGCAAGUGGAAAUUCCCAACCAAGCAAAUCAUGGGAAUUGAGCCUUUACGAGCUUCACCGAUCCCCGCAAGAAGCGAUCACCGAUGACACCGAGAUCGCAGUGUCUCCCCGGAGUCUACACAGUGAGCUGAUGUGCCCCAUAUGUCUUGACAUGCUAAAGAAUACAUAUACCACCAAGGAAUGCUUACAUCGUUUCUGCCAGGAUUGCAUCAUCACAGCGCUUCGAAGCGGGAACAAGGAGUGCCCGACCUGUCGUAAGAAGCUCGUCUCCAAGAGGUCUCUGCGGCCAGACCCCAAUUUCGACGCCCUCAUCUCAAAGAUCUAUCCCAGCAGAGAUGAAUACGAAGCUCAUCAGGAGAGGGUUUUGGCCAAACUCAACAAGAGACAUAAUGCUACUGCUCUGAGCUCUAGUAUUGAGGAAGGGCUCAAGGUACAAGCUUUGAACAGAGCGCAAAGAGUUCCACCAAAAAGGAAACCAGAAUUCAACCUUGCUGGUGGCGAGCUACCCCCAGAUGACUCCGCCCUUGACCCCGCCCAGUGCGGAGGUGGUGGUGAUGGGGACCUGAACGGCGACCCUCAAGCACCGGCAGGCCCGGAGGGAUUAUCCCUUGCCCCUCCUCCCUCUGCACCCCUGACACCCCCGUCGGAAUCCCCUCAGGAGGAGAGGAGAUUAAUGAGAUCGCAUUCGGAGGAUUUAUCAUCUAGUCAAGGGUGCAAUUCAUUCCAGGAUCGGGAUUCUCUCCAGGCGAUGAAACGGGCAAGAACAUCGGAUGAUUCCAGUAGCUGUGGAGACGUGGAGGGAGAGGGCGAGGGUAGUAUUGACUUACCAGACCCAUCUAAUGAGAUAGAGUUGGUUUUUAAGCCUCAUCCAGAUGAAGUCAACCAUAUGUUUCCUUACAUGGUGAGAUACCUCAAGACAUCGGCCCUUGCUUCAAUAGAUCACCUAGCCAAGUACCUGUCUAUGAGGAUCGCUCUCGAACUAAGAGAUGCUGGUUCAAUGGAUAGUCAGAGUUCGUCCAAUCAAAACGAAGGAAAUUGCGGAGAGUUUACCAUCUUCAUCAGUCCAUCACCGUGUCAAUUCCAGCCAUUGAAUGGUAACCUAACCCUCGAACAGGUCAACGAGAGACACUGGAAAGUUAAUAGGCCAUUGGAGAUGUACUUUCUUGGUAAGAAGUGAGAUGGGAUACCAGUCUUUGCUUAUAUGACAGCUCUUGAAUGGUAACCUAACCCUCGAACAGGUCAACGAGAGACACUGGAAAGUUAAUAGGCCAUUGGAGAUGUACUUUCUUGGUAAGAA